AUGGCACCGGCCAACAUCAGGAUCCAGCAGGUCACGUCUCCAAGUGAUGACCUCCUGAAGGCCGCCGCGCAGAUCUACGUCGACACGCUUCAAGGCGACCCGACGCUGGUGGGUGCGACCGCGGGCCACCUCGAGCACGCGCCCGAGAUCAUCCUCGCGGUGCUCACGCCGAUCGCGCGCGUGUGCGGAGAGCUGUAUGCGGCGACGGACGCGGAUGGAGCGCUCGUCGGGUUCAGCGCGUGGGUGCCCCCGGGGCGGUCCACCUUUGACACGGAAGAGCAGGCGGAGAUGGGCCUAACGCAGUUUUUGCAAGGACGGCUGGACGCAGAGGCGCAUGGGCCGUACAUGAAGACGGUUAACGAGGAUAUGCCAAAGUUCAUCGACGGCGCGCUCGGGAUUCCCUCUGCCGAGAAAGCGAGCUACUGGUGCUGGUUCGCGGCGGUGAAACCCGAACACCAGCGACAGGGCGUGUUCCGCGCGAUGCUUGAGGUUGUCACGGAGAAGGCGACCGCGCAGAGGGCGGUGAUGGGCUUCUUGACCUCCAACACCACCAACACCGCGCUCGCGGAGCGGGCGGGCUUCACGAACAAGGGACAUACGAAAGUGUCUGCGCCUUGGGGCGAGUGGGAGUUCUGGUGCUUGGCGAAGGAUACACGUCUGGCUUGA